AUGGAAACGACUGUAAUUGGGAUCAGUGAAGGUUAUGUUUCUGUGGUAACUGAUCAGAUUAAAAGUCUUCUAUUCCGUAAGCUUGUUAGAGGGGUGCAGCAACCUGAUCAGGCUUCAGAAGCUGUAACCAUUGUGAAUCAGGACCUUUCAGCUCCAUUGGGUUCAAACAGCCAUUUGAACAGGCCUGAAACUUGGGAGGUUGACGGGACAAUGCAGCAAUCAGAUCAGCAAGCAGCCAUUAAUCGUGUUCAGAGCCCAGCAAACAUUCAAGACAAGAUUCAUCAAGAUCCUCCAGCUACGGUUGUCAUCGAAGAGCUGAGGACUGGACAGCCUUGGACUUCUGGAUUGUAUGAGUGGCGGACAGAUCAGACAAAUGCUAUUCUAACUGCAAUUUGUCCAUGUGUUACAUUCGGCCAAAUAGCAGAAGUAGUCGAUGAAGGAAGGUCAUCUUGUUGCUCAAUGUGUUGCAUUUGCUUCUUGGCGAUGCUCGCCUCGUAUUCUCAGUGGCUCGUGGCAACAGAGUACAGAACCAAACUGAGGAGGAAGUAUGUUCUGGUAGAAGAUCCGUACACAGAUGUGGCUUCUCAUAUCUUCUGCCCAUUGUGUUCACUCUGUCAGGAAUAUCGAGAGCUUAAAAGCCGCGGGCUUGAUCCUUCUCUAGGGUGGAAAGGGAUUGUAGCUCAGCAGCAACAGAAGAGAAAACAGAGCAAUGAAGAUCGAUUCCGGAGAAGACUGGAGGAGGAGGAAGGAGAUGAUCAUGGAGAAACCAGUACUGUUCCUCCUCCAGAACAAGUCAUGAACCAGUGA